AUGUUGCGUCACGCAGCGAGCUAAAGAGACUGCGUUCACAGUCAGUAAGAGGUGAGCGGAGGGCGCGACAGCUGGUGGUCGUUGGUCGCCGGCCCGGAAGGGGAACUGCGCGCUUGAGUUGACCAGGGACUGAGCAUUUCAGAUCUGCUUGGUAAACCUGGUGCACCACCAUGCUGGCCGCAAGACUUGUGUGUCUCCGGACACUACCUUCCAGGGUUUUCCACCCAGCGCUCACCAAGGCCUCCCCUGUUGUGAAGAAUUCCAUCACGAAAAAUCAGUGGCUCUUACCACCCAGCAGGGAAUAUGCCACCAAGACAAGAAUUGGAAUUCGACGUGGGAAAACUAGCCAAGAACUCAAGGAGGCAGCUUUGGAACCAUCAUUGGAAAAAAUAUUUAAAAUUGAUCAGAUGGGAAGAUGGUUUAUUGCUGGAGGGGCUGCUGUUGGUCUUGGAGCUUUGUGCUACUAUGGCUUGGGAAUGUCUAAUGAGAUUGGAGCUAUUGAAAAAGCCAUAAUUUGGCCUCAGUAUGUGAAGGAUAGAAUUCAUACCACCUAUAUGUACUUAGCAGGAAGUAUCGGCAUAACAGCUUUGUCUGCCCUGGCAGUGAGCAGAACUCCUGCCCUCAUGAACUUCAUGAUGAGAGGCUCUUGGGUGACAAUUGGUGCAACCUUUGCAGCCAUGAUUGGAGCUGGAAUGCUGGUCCAGUCUAUAUCAUAUGACCAGAGCCCAGGCCGAAAACAUCUUGCUUGGUUACUACAUUCUGGUGUGAUGGGUGCAGUGGUGGCUCCUCUGACGAUACUAGGGGGGCCUCUUCUCAUCAGAGCUGCGUGGUACACAGCUGGUGUUGUGGGAGGCCUCUCCACUGUGGCCAUGUGUGCACCCAGUGAGAAGUUCUUGAACAUGGGAGCACCCCUGGGCGUGGGCCUGGGUGUCGUCUUUGUGUCCUCACUAGGGUCUGUGUUUCUUCCGCCUACCACUGUGGCUGGCGCCACUCUGUACUCAGUGGCAGUUUAUGGUGGAUUAGUUCUUUUCAGCAUGUUUCUUCUGUAUGACACACAGAAAGUAAUCAAGCGUGCAGAAGUAGUACCAGUGUAUGGAGUUCAAAAGUAUGAUCCCAUCAAUUCGAUGCUGGGAAUCUACAUGGAUACAUUAAACAUAUUUAUGCGAAUUGCCAGUAUUCUAGCAACUGGAGGCAACAGAAAGAAAUGAAGUGACUCAGCUUCUGACUUCCUUAAUACAUCAGAUAACUGGCUUGUUUAUUAGGGGCAGAUAUUCUUUAAAUAGUUUGUGCAAGCAGCUUUCGUUGAAGUUUAGAAGAUAAGAACUUGUCAACAUGUUUCAGGUGUUCCAGUAAUGUGAUGCUUCAGGUCUGCUUUUUCUUCUGGAGAAUAAAUUCAGUAGUUCUCUUCCAAAUAGCACACACAUUUUCAAUUCUUGUGUUUGAAUAAUUCUAAAAUGUUCAAAUGAAUAUGAAAACCAAGUUUUGUGUUGCAGGAAUUUAAGUAUUUUAUCUAUUUUUAAAUUUAUUUGGUUAAGUGAAAUUUAGCAAACUUGUGUACCUGCAUUUUUCAUUUUGGAUUGCAGAAUAUUAACAAGUAAUGUCAUAAGUGAUGUAGGGGUUUGGUAAAGGGACCAGAGAGGAGUAAAGCGACACCUGCAGUCUUUCUGUGAAUACUUAGAACUUAGCACUCGUGUAAUUGUGGUGAGCCAGUGAGGGGGUCUGGAUGUUUGGAAACAAGUCAUGGCUGUACAUCUGCUGAACUUAUCAGAAGCACUGAGCAGAAAACAAAGACAUAGGUGAUUCUCCAGGCUCUCCUUACGAUAUGGAUGUGAUCAUGUUUGGCUUCUCAUUGUUUGACACUGUUAGGAGAGUCCACAAUGCUAAUCAUGUGGAGAAUUCCUGUUAUAUAUAUUAUGUGUGUGUGUAAGUCUUACUUUUGAAUCGUCUAGUAGAACAAAAUAUCCGUAAAACACUCAGGAAAAAGAUAUUCGAAGCAUGAAAAUUGUUGCAUUUUAAGUAUACAAACAAUAUGUGCAUAGUUGCUGAAUAUUUUUGCAAAUUAAUUGAAAUGUUUAAAGGAAUACAUGCUUGCCUUUCUUAUCUCUUCAGGCUUUAACUUUUAUCAGAAAAGCCUAUUCGUGGUUUACACUUGAGAUUAUGAAAGCAGUUUUCCCCCUCAGAUUUAGUUUCUUGCAUUCCCUCUCAGAGGAAUCACUAAAAAAAGGAAGGCAGGGCUUCCCUGGUGGCGCAGUGGUUAGGAAUCCGCCUGCCAAUGCAGGGGACAUGGGUUCGAGCCCUGGUCUGGGAAGAUCCCACAUGCCGUGGAGCAACUAAGCCCAUGUGCCACAACUACUGAGCCUGCGCUCUAGAGCCCGUGAGCCACAACUACUGAGCCCGCGUGCCUAGAGCCCGUGCUCCCCAACAAGAGAAGCCACCGCAAUGAGAAGCCUGCGCACCUCGACGAAGAGUGGCCCCCGCUUGCUGCAACUAGAGAAAGCCCGCGCACAGCAACGAAGACCCAACGCAACCAAAAAUAAAUAAAUUAAAUAAAUAAAUUUAUUUUAAAAAAAAGGAAGGCAAAGCGAGGCUUCUUUCAUGAACUAUAUCAAUCAAAAAUGUAAUGGAGAAAAUGCUUCACUAGAGUUUCUCCUAGCAGAAUUUUCCUUCUGUCCUCCAUAGGCCAUUAUUUAACUCUCUUGUGCCAUUUAUAAGUUUUUUUAUACAGAAGAGUUAUUUUUGGAAGUUCUUAUGAAUGAAAUAAGUGUAUGAUUAUUGAGAUAGUUGGUGUUUUGACAAAUAUUCAGUACAGUAAUCCAUAAAUAACUAUUCUACCCACCUCAAGUUACAUAGGAUGCCUAUUUCUGAAAUAAUAAAGGUUCUAGCCAGAUGGUGA